AUUUAAACAAGCCGACACCAGAUAUCUCUACCUCCUAUAAGCAUCCACUUUCCUAAACCAAACCAUCUACACAAAGCACUUGUUUCCCUAAUAAGUCGCGGAUAGGCAAGGCAAAUCAACGCAAAACCAACUUCGACCUCGGUAGUUUCCACCAUGGACAAAAUUGACAAGCUACCUGACAUCAUCAUUAUAGAUGAGGACGAUCUCGAUGACCUGGUUGGGGCGAUUUCAAAACUCGAGUGCGACCUUAUGUCCUACCCUGGCAAUCGCGGUCCUUUAUCCUCGAAGGAAGAAAAGGCGAUUGAUAAACAGCUCGAUGCCACCGGACUUGCACACAAGUCUCUUAUGGACGCUGAAACUCAGGAAGAGAAAAAGGCCAGCCCCAACUACACCAGUUUGCUAAAGAUCAAGCUCGCCUGUGACAAGUUGAGGAUCAUAGAAAUACAUUUCGAAAAAAUCAAAGGUUGGAAUUUCAGGGUGAAAGCUGCUCUUGGUAUAAAGAGUGAUGCUAUUUGUAGAUUACCUUGCCGGUCCUACAACGUAGAUUACCCCACAAAACAGGUGCAUAUAACUGCGUACUAA